AUGGCGGGUCGACCGCUUUUAUUCGAGCUACGAUGCCGGAAUGAGACAAUAUGUCGCUCAUGUCGAUUGGCGAUCCGACACCGGCCUCAGCAGCCAUGGAUAUCAGCAGCUGCAUACAGUUCGAAAGCCACGGCGCAACGACCGGCUAACGAUGCCGUAUCCCGAAAGCCAAGCAGGUUCGAGCUCAGGCAAUAUCUCGAUCGUAUCAAGGCGCUUCGAAACCCAAACAAGGGCACAGACGAGACGUUUAGCGUUCGAUUCUUCGAGCAGGAGGACAAUAAGAGGACAGAGCUGCCCAGUGAGGAAGCCUUUGGCGCAUCACUACACGAGGUCGAUACUUCAGGGCUCAAAGAUGCCCUGAUAGAGAUCAAGAAUGAGAUGGGUGGGCAGGAUGAAAAGGCAGCCUUUCAAGAGGUCGUUGAUCAACUGGGCCAGGACUGGGACAAGAUGAAGACGGCCGACGACCUGGAGAGGAUUAUUGCCAAGCUGGACGCCUACACGGCGGCAAUCGAUGAGGAGAUUGACAAGACUGGCGCAGACCUUCCCAAGGAGAUAUUGGAAGAGCUGGACUUGGAGCUACCAGGGUUGCCCGAGAUGGGAACCCUUGGUUCUCGAAUAGCCCUACCUCAGGUCCCAGAGAAGCCGUGGACAAUCAAUCAACGGAAAAAGGUCGCCCGCCUCAACACUACUCUGGCUCGGACGGCAAGGGACAUGCGCCGAGGGACGAAGCUCACCACCAAGACUGUGCAGGGGCUAUUCAAGGCCUACCACGCGGCCCGGCUUUCCCUCGCCCAUGGCUGGAGCCACGUUCCCCUUGAGGUCUGGGAUCUGCUUUGGAAGGUCUUUUCAGCGGACGAGUCUGUCAACAUCCAUCGACUAUCACAUCUUGCUCUCUUGUCGCGAGACAUGAGCGAGGCCAAGGUCACACUGAGCCCUGCACAGCAACUGUUGACCAUUGAGGCCGUAUUCGUCGAUGGAUGGGAGACAAAGGCCAUCGAGAACUGGAAGCGAUGCAUCAGCUCGCUAGGUGACGAGAACGCUGUGACGUUCCAAGAGUUCUGGGAGCUGGGCGUGAGGAUGUUCUGCCGCGUUGGCGAUCUGGACCAGGCGCAGCGAGCCGUCAACAAGCUCAUUGAGAAGCAAAAGGAUCCUCGCAUUCUCAUGCCUCUGAUCCGGACGUGGUCGGAGCUCGGGACGGAGGAGGGCCAGGAGAAGGCAUGGUUGGCGUACCGGCAGCUCCGUGAGCUCCUGGGACACGACAUGAAGCUCACCGACUACGACCAGGUGAUAUCCUACUUCCUGACCACCAACCAGACCGAGAACGCCCUCUACGCAUUCGUCGACAUGAUGAGCGACGGCAAGAUCGACCUGAAGAAGCAAAAGUACAUGCCUUCGGUCGUGGCCAACAAGUUCUUCUUUGGCAAGUGGCUCAAGAGGCUCAUCGGAGCGGGCGACCUCUCGGGUGCGCAGAGCGUCGUCGAGUUUAUGAGGAAGAGGGGCAUCGAGGCAUCACCCAUUCAGCUGAACGGCCUCAUCGGUGCUUGGCAACGGUCAGGGGGUGCUGAGGAUCUGGAUAAGGCGGACCAGAUGGCUUGGGGCAUGAUUGACUCGCGAAUUGACUUUGUCAAGGCUCGAGGAAGUGGUGGUUCCUCCAAGGACAAGGCAUCAGAGGCUGCUGGCAUGAAUCCAUUCCCUCGAGCCACUCUAGAGACGUUCUCCCUCUUGGCAGAGAACUACCGUCUCCGCGACCUUCACGAGCGUCUCUUGAUGCUAUGGGAAGCCUUCCGCGAAGCCGAGAUGAAGGCCGACUCAUUCGUCAUCAACCAGCUCCUCGAGUCGUAUAUCCAGGCGGGCCAGUCCAAGGAGGCGCUCGAGCUCUACGACACGCUCGUGACGGAAAAGGGCGUCGAGCCUGAUCCGUAUACCUUCAGCGCGCUCUGGAAGACACUCGCCGUCAACCGACUUCAUAUGCCCUCGGCCGGGCAUAUCCCCGGCAUGGUCUCGUCGACGCGCGACCUCUUUGCUGAGACGGCCAGGUUCCGGCAUGUUUUUGCGGCUGACGGCGGUAUGGACGGACAGCUCGCGCGCAAGAUCCUCCACACGUUCCGGCGCGUCGGCGACCGCGCAGGCCUCGUCGUCGCUCUGGCUGCCCUCCGCGACGUCUUCAACUUCCUACCGCCCGAGACGCUCGUCCUCGAGAUGGUCAUGGGCACCACAAAGCUGGCGUGGGAUACGCCAACCCACCGCCGUCGCCUCGUACACGCAAAGCGGAACCUCGACCGCGCCUUGCUGGACUGGGCUGAAGGAGACGAGUCAAGGCUUCAGGGCGAUCGCCGUGGUGAGGCCCUCUUUGAGUAUCUGCAGAAGCAGUACUGGCCCGAGGAGGACGGACAGGGGCAGGUGUUUAGGGAGGCGGCGAAAGAGAUGGGAGUGUACGAUAUGAUGAAAAAGGGCAAGGGGGGCGGUAAAUAA